UGGUUUGCCACUUCCGGGCGCAGGCAGGCGCUGAGGCGCAGGAUCCGUCGCUUCCUGUCGUCUCUCGUUCGAUCUGUCGAGAGUGUCGAGUCGGUCGCGUCGCCAGUGUUGUUGUUGACUUUAGGCACGCGUGUUCGCCAGGAUUGAAGAUCGGACAGAUCGAAUCCGCGGCACCACGUGGGUCAGCGCGUCCCGUUGAACAAAGCGGCGCCGCGCUCGUUCUUCCUCUCGCACGGCGAUUUGUCCGUCGGCUAUAUUCGCUCGCGCGUUGUGCAAGACGGGGGCGUCCAAAUAUAAAUAAGUUUCGCAACACUCCGGGAAGGAAAGGAAACGCGAUGCUGACUCCACGCUUCGAGAUCACGCAGACCGACGAGGAGGUGACGAUAAUCGUCCACGCUCCGUACGCGAAUAUCAAAGACGCGGAGGCAUCCGUCGACGGGACGGACUUCCGCUUUUAUUCCACCCCGUAUUAUCUCAGACUGCAGCUGCCGGGCGAGAUAGAGGAGAACGACUCGUCCUCCGGCGCCUACGACUGCGAGAAGGGUGAUUUUACCUUGCGUUUCUCCAAGGUGAACAAAGGGGAGCACUUUGAGAACUUGGAGAUGAUAACGACUCUUCUGGCACCGUCGAAGAACAAGAGCACCGUCAUACCCAACAUCGAAGUGAUCGGUAAUCCAUCCGCGGCUUCAGCGGACAUGAACAAUGGCGUAGACGGUUCUGGAAACAACUGGUUUGCACCUCAGGAUAAUUUUGUAGAAACGGAGGCAAUUCUUCUAAACUCCCCGAAGUAUGGUUUUGCUAAUAAAAUAUCGGGAAGUUUAACUGCCUUUGAGGCAGCAUGGAUCAAGGAGAUAAUAGAUCUUCCUGCGCCCGAUGCAACUCCCGAGGUAGAAAGGAAAACUCUGCGGGAACAGCGUGAAUUAAGUGAUUUCUCCGAAGAACAUUAUAUGGCAGAUCUCGUGCAGCCGGAAUGUAAGCCAUACAUUACAUAUACGGCGGAAUGGGACACGUUACAGAAAGAUCAAGUUGCCUUCAGCGAAACCGAGAGCGAUCUGUUAAAAGAACUUCCAAACAAAGAAUAUUUAUUAAGCUCUGAAGAUGUACAAAAAUUAUGUUUAAAUGUGGUCGACAUCCUAUACGCUAGUUGUUAUAAUCAUCGAACUACGUUAGGAGAAAACACUACGGAAAGCAGCUGGACCAUUAAUAAACUGAGUUCUACUUUAUGUUGGUUCCAAAAUUUCACUUCUUUGGAUGAGGUUAUAACAGCGUGCAUUCGAAGGUCGCUUUGUUAUCCACUUUACCGAAAUUGGGAACUUUCUAUUAAAGUAUUUGAAGACGUUAAAAACGUUCUAUCAUUAGGAAGGAAAUACAUCGUUAAACGCUUCUGCGAGAUACAUAGCCUGUUCAAUAAUUCAUACGAACCGAGAUACAUACUGAACCAAUUGUAUGUAAAGGAUUUUUUAGUUUGGUUGCAAACUUUACCUGAAUCAUUAAUAGAAUCGCUUCAUUCUGCAUUAAGUGAAAUUCAUCCAAACAAAGCAAAUAUGGGAUUAGAUUUAAUAGAACUGGAAGUGGCAACUUAUUCUGUUCAAGAAGAAGAUUUUGUUAUAGAAAAUACUAUUCACAAAAUGACCAACAACGUUGAGCAAAUGUCUCUGAAUGGUAGCACGCAGGAAAGGCCAAAGAAUGUAUACCAUGUUAACCAAAAAUUUUUUAAAUAUUUAUUAUCGAGCAGUUCGAGUUCAACGGAUAGCAGUGACACGGAUUCUGAUAGCAAUACGUCAAGCAGCAGCAGUAGUAGCAGUAGUAGUCUAGAUUCUGACGACCUAGAUGAUGAGCCCAAAUGAAUGGGAAAAAUUGAUGGCCUCAAUGAAUAAUCAUGUAAAGUAAUUUGAAUUAAACAUCGACUUCUCCAUAAGCAUAUAAUUUUUUAAGUAUAUGCUUAAUUUACUAAUAAGGCAUAGUAAUACACUGUUGUUGUUUUCUAAAUAUUUACGUACAUUAUUUUAUAUUUAUGUGCGUAUGUUUCGCGUUGUAUAUAUAUGAGAAUCUCGU